UUACACCGUUUCGACCAUAAAUUUAACCGAUAAAGUUUGUCGUUGUUGUAUCAGCACAUGAAGAGGAUUUAGAGAAAGAAAAAAUUGGUUAACAUUGCGUCGAAAGAAGCUAACUGCUGAACACGAGUGUUGGUGUGUGGCAGGAGAGUCAGCUCUCCACCUGUCCUGGAGAUGGGGGAUCCAGAGCCUCCAGAGUUUGGGUCCCUGAAGGAGGAGCUGGAGUACUGGAAGGAGCAGGCUGCCAAGCACCAACAGAGUGCGGAGGAAGCUCAGGAGGAGCUGCAGGAAUUUCAGCAGAUGAGCCGGGACUACGAGGGGGAGCUGGAGACGGAGCUGAAACAAUGUGAGGCGCGAAAUCGUGAGCUCCUAUCUGCAAACAACCGCCUUCGCAUGGAACUGGAAAACUACAAGGACAAGUAUGAGACGCAGCACUCUGAGGCCUGCCGGCAGAUCUCCAGCCUGGAGGGGGACCUGGCUGAGACCACGGCCAUCAGAGACCAUCUUCACAAAUACAUCAGAGAGCUGGAGCAAGCCAACGAUGACCUGGAGAGAACCAAGAGGGCGACCAUCAUGUCACUGGAGGACUUUGAGCAGAGGAUGAACCAGGUCAUAGAGAGAAAUGCCUUCCUAGAGAGCGAGCUGGACGAGAAGGAAAAUCUCUUAGAGUCCGUCCAGAGACUGAAGGACGAAGCCAGAGACUUGAGGCAGGAACUGGCGGUGCAGCAGAAACAGCAGGUACAGGACAGGAAGCCGUCCCUCAGCAGUGUCGUCAAAGACCCUUCAUCAUCUUCCUCCUCCUCCUCGGCUGGGCUGCCCACCCCACCUCUCACCCCUCCAGAUAAAAGAAACGAGGAGAAAACCACGUCUUCGUCCACUAACCAGCCCGUCCCCUCCACCACCACACCGUCCAGACCUCCAGCCCCCGCUGAGUCUCUCACCACCCCGCCCCCCUCCAUCAGCAGAGCUGAAAGCCUCUCAGGGACUCCUCUCACCACCUCGGCCAGAAUCUCUGCUUUGAAUAUCGUCGGAGAGCUGCUGAGGAAAGUCGGGAACCUGGAGUCCAAACUGGCAUCGUGUCGAGACUACGUCAACGAGCAGGCAGCUCAUCGCAGAGGUCACGCUGGCGGACAGGGGGCGCCGGCAGGCCAGAACAACUCCUCAGAGACCCAUCCUACCAACGGCCUCUGCAACAAGGGGCUGGUGAAGAGGUUAGACUUCGGAGCGGGACCCAAGCUGCUGCUGUGAAGGCGAAACCAUCGUCUGCCUCGAUCUUUAAUCCUCUGAGCUGCUCGGCCCCUUCCUGUCCAUCCGGCCCGGACCUCUCAAACAUUUAACGGUACUGUGUUUUGCACAUCAGGCAGGUGGUUUCACACCACCUGCUGUCUCUUCAGGACACGGACCGCUCUGAUAGGAAGCUGCAGUGAUGAAAUGGAUGGAUUUGUUAAUGUGGAUACUCUGGGAUUUCUGUGACCAGCUCAGAUCUUUUCAGCACUCGCACUUAGCUUGAACUAACUCACUGGACUGGUGCUGCAUGUCACCUGUUUGGAUUUGACAAGUACUUUGCGCUUUUUUUGUGUCCCUCUGAAGGUGUGUUCAGACUGAAUGCAAAGUGAGUUUCAGAGACAAACAGAGUUGAUGAAAAGACUCAAACAGAUGCAGGUUUGCUCUUGGCAAAGAGACAAAGAUCCAUCCACUCAAACUGAAAAUGGUUGGUCAUCAUAAAUCUGUGCUGCUUAGCAGAAAUCUCCCAUAGGUGUUCAGCUUGGUUGAGAUGUGGUGACUGUGAAGGUCACAUAAUUGUCACACUAAUCAAACCAUCAGUGACCCCUCAUGCCCUCUGAAUGGAGAGACUGUUGGUGGACAGUGGACAAAUCUUGUUUAUGGAUUUGCUUCAUUUUCAAAACGUGAGAGUGGAGCAGGUGAUGACGUGCCUCUGCUAUCUUGCUUUUUUUUUUUCUAUUUACACCGCAGUGCUACGAUUCAAGAGGCAUUCAGUGCACAAUGUGACAUGCCUCAGUUGGAUUUUAAUACAAGCCCACACAGUGUGACCGACAGUAAACCUGUACCAUCUUUGUUAUCACACGAUCUGAAGGCAUCUUACGUGUAAAUGGGGUCAGUGAGUCUGAUUGUUUCUUUUAUUUUCCUCCAGACUUCCUAGCUGAGCUGUAGCAUCGCAUCACAUCACAUCACAUCACAUCACAUCACACCACACACACACACACACACACACACACACACACACACACACACACACACACACACACACAUUGGUCCUGUUGUCUAUUGAUUGUUAGACUCAGUUUGCUAAAACAAACCUGCACAAUUAAAGUAAAAGUGAAAUGAGCUUUUCGUUCAGUCUGAACAACCUUGAAGGCGUUUGAGAAAUAAAUACUGGAGGGGCACUUUUAUCUACGUCAGAUGUCGUUUGAAUACUUUAAAACUUUUUGUCCAUAUAAUUUAUGCUGUUAUGCCUCCACAGUCACAUUUGUUGAAUGAGUUGCUGAUGAAACUCCACCAACAACAAAGUGUGAUGAGUCCUUGAGAGAUUGAAAAAGAGAAUGACAGUCUUUUUUAAGCUAAUGUUUUAGUCCAGGAAACAUUAUAAAUCAAAUGUUUUUUUUUACAGAUUAAUUAGUUUCCAAACCGUAGGCUGCAGAAGAAUGCAGACUCUGAAUCUGUGUUGUCACCUAAAUUUCUGAUUUGAAGUGUGGAGCCUGGAUUCACUGCUCGCAGCUUCCUUUGCAGCUUCCGAGGGAAGAAAACUCUAAUAUGAUCUAAGGGAAAAGGACGUGUUGAGCUCACCUGGGACAAGAAAGUAACAAACACCGUGGCUGAAUGUGAUUGGCCAAGACUAACUGUACCUCUCUGUAAGCCUUAAUGUUUUAAUGGAACACUGUUUUUAUAUCUGUGGCAGACGUUCAGUUGGUUAUUUAUGGGAAUAAUGUUGUGUGGAAAACUUUUAUUUUGGAUUUCAAAAGAGAAACUGUUGAAAGAUUUUCUGAACCUGGUGGUCAUCAGUGGUUCUGCAUCUUAAAGCUGCCGUAUUUAAUGUUUUUAUAACUGUCUAUGGUUCAUGUUUUCUUCCAUGUGCCUGAUGGAAACAGGAUUUUUACUACAGAUUGUCAACAUUUUAGCUUUUUCCCAGUUUGCAGUGAAGUUGUCAUUUGGGUUAUUUGGCCCCAAUCGUGAUCCAAGUUUUUUAAUAUUGAGUAUUUUUGGAUACUGAGUCCAAACUGAUAUUUAAAUGUACCUAAAUUACACAGGUGUUCAGUUCACUCAAGCUACAACCUGAAAAUGAGACAAGAUGAAGCUUAAUUCAUCCCAAAAGUAAAAUGAUGCUCAGUGCACAUAGUAAAAACAAUUAAAACGUUAUCAGGAGAAGAUCAACAGCGAUGAUUAAAUAUGUAACCGGCACACUUCAGAGCUCCGCUUCAGACUGGAGACUCUGCAGAGCUCCGCUUCAGACUGGAAACAUUCUGCAGAGCUCCACUUCAGACUGGAGACUCUGCAGAGCUCUGCUUCAGACUGGAGACUCUGCAGAGCUCUGCUUCAGACUGGAGACUCUGCAGAGCUCCGCUUCAGACUGGAGACUCUGCAGAGCUCUGCAUCUGUCUUUCCAGGAGUGAAACUGCUAAACUCCUGUUAAUGAGGAGAUAUGAAACUUCAGUGAAGGCUACUUGUGUUUUAUGUUAAAAAGAGAAAAGUAUGUAAUAGAUUGACUCAUAGUGUUAUAAAAUGUACCUCUGCUGUAGGGUUACUAAUGUAGGUUGAAUAUCUGUAGGUUGUGGUUCAGUUGCUUGAGUCUGUGGACAGGACUGACUGACAAGUAGAUGCUCAGGUGUAACAGACAGGACCUUCAAAGUAAAGGUCAGUGUGUGGAAACAGGUGGAAAAUGGUUGGAUUUUUUUAUUUUUUAUUUUUUGCCUUAUGUGAUCUCAAAGUACUUACUCAUAUAUGAAGUGCUCAGACCUGUUCUGUUGUUUGUUGUUUUUACCUUCAGUGCUGCU